AUUUAAAGCCACUCUCCCUCUUAUAAACCCUUCCUUCCGCCGCUCCGUUCUUCCUCUUUCUUCCCAUCGCCGCUCCAAAUCCAAUCUGCUCUCCCGUUUCUCGAUCGACGAACAUGGCUCUCCCUAAUCAGCAAACUGUGGACUACCCAAGCUUCAAGCUUGUCAUUGUUGGUGAUGGAGGGACUGGAAAAACCACUUUCGUGAAGAGGCAUCUUUCUGGUGAAUUUGAAAAGAAAUAUGAACCUACCAUUGGCGUUGAGGUUCAUCCAUUGGACUUCCAUACAUCCCAUGGAAAUAUUCGUUUCUACUGCUGGGACACAGCUGGACAAGAGAAGUUUGGAGGACUCCGUGAUGGUUACUAUAUUCAUGGGCAAUGUGCAAUAAUUAUGUUUGAUGUUACUGCACGGCUGACUUACAAGAAUGUUCCCACAUGGCACCGCGAUCUCUGCAGGGUUUGCGAAAACAUUCCCAUUGUUCUUUGUGGAAAUAAAGUUGAUGUCAAGAACAGACAGGUGAAAGCAAAGCAAGUUACUUUCCACAGGAAGAAAAAUCUGCAGUACUAUGAGAUCUCUGCAAAGAGCAACUACAAUUUUGAGAAGCCUUUCUUGUACCUUACCAGGAAGCUUGCUGGAAGUACAAGUGGACAUGGUUGCACAGCUGCAGCAUGAAGAAGAGCUAAAAAAAGCAGCGAGUAUGCCACUUCCAGAUGAAGAUGAGGCUUUCGAUUAGAUAUUUUUUUCGGAAGGCUUGCCCCAUUCUA